UGACUUAAUUCCCUCCCAGCAGGAUGGAGCCCAGUGAGGAGCUGGAAGAGGAGGACUCUGCUGGCCGGGAGGAUGGCUUCACCGCCGCUGAGCACCUGGCUGCAGAGGCCAUGGCCGCCGAUAUGGACCCCUGGCUGGUGUUUGAUGCCCGCACUACACCCGCCACUGAGUUGGAUGCCUGGUUGGCCAAGUACCCACCAUCCCAAGUUACCCGCUAUGGAGAUCCUGGUUCACCCAACUCUGAGCCUGUGGGCUGGAUUGCAGCCUAUGGGCAAGGCUACACCCCCAACUCAGGGGAUGUCCAGGGCCUGCAGGCAGCCUGGGAGGCUCUGCAGACCGGUGGGAGACCCAUCACACCCGGUACCCUGCGCCAGCUGGCCAUCACCCACCAAGUGCUCUCAGGCAAGUGGCUUAUUCACCUGGCACCUGGCUUCAAGCUGGACCACGCCUGGGCUGGCAUUGCCCGGGCUGUGGUUGAGGGCCGGCUUCAGGUGGCCAAGGUGAGCCCACGGGCCAAGGAGGGUGGGCGCCAAGUCAUCUGUGUUUACACGGACGACUUCACGGACCGCUUGGGUGUAUUAGAGGCAGAUGCUGCCAUCCGUGCUGCAGGCAUUAAGUGUCUGCUCACCUACAAACCGGAUGUCUACACCUACUUGGGCAUCUACCGGGCCAACCGCUGGCACCUCUGCCCCACUCUCUAUGAGAGCCGUUUCCAGCUUGGAGGCAAUACACGUGGCUCUCGAGUGCUGGACCGUGCCAACAAUGUAGAACUGACCUAGUGGGGCCAAGUGAGGGAGACCACCCUCGGUCCCCUGCUGGGGAUGGAACCUUCUGUCUUCCUCUUCCUCUUCCCAAGAAGUCCAAGCCCCCAGCUCUGAGGACUUGUUCACUCAGGAACUGCCUGCAUCUUCAGUCCCCCUGAACUUCCGCCCUCUGUUCAGGGCUCACUCCAGCUCCCACAGGCUGGGGGCUCUGGCUCCCUGAGGGCCGGGCCCUCAGUUUCCCUUUUUGAUGCUGCUCCCCUCCCCUGUCCAGGACCUCAGGCUGGAUGCAGAUACUAAAGAGAGCCUUGCUUAGCCACCUUCAUCCCACUGUAUCUCUCCCUCCUCCUCCUCCAUUCUUUCCCUUUUUCCUUGCUCCUCACAAGGGAGAAAACUUAGUGCUUCCAGUCCCUGUCCUUGGAGCUUUUCUAGUCCAGGGGACAGGGGCUCUGCAGGACUGACUGCGCAUGCCAUUUGGGAGGAGGGGUAGUUGUGCCAAUUCAUCCCUUGGCCUAGAGGGGAUGCCAGGCUGUGGACAUAGAGGGCCUGCUCCUCCUGCCAGCUCAUAGCCUGCAUCACUGCCCUCCCUUCCCUGCCCUGACGUGUCUGCUCCUGGCAUUUCAAUAAAACCCAGCUUGGGUCUGUGUCUUGAGUAUUUUUUAAAA